AUGUCCGAGAUAACUCACCCCACUAUCAAGGAUGGCUGGUUCUCCGAGCAGUCGAAUAUGUGGCCCGGCCAGGCCAUGAACCUCAAGGUCAACCAUAUCCUGCACCACGAGAAGUCCAAGUACCAGGAUGUCCUUGUCUUCGAGAGCACCGACUACGGUACCGUCCUCGUUCUGGACAAUGUCAUCCAGUGCACCGAGCGGGAUGAGUUCUCGUACCAGGAGAUGAUCACUCACCUGGCCAUGAACUCCCACCCCAACCCCGAGAAGGUUCUGGUCAUCGGUGGUGGAGAUGGUGGUGUCCUCCGUGAGGUUGUGAAACAUGAGUCCGUCAAGGAGGCCAUCCUGUGCGACAUUGAUGAGGCUGUGAUCCGUGUCUCCAAGAAGUACCUCCCCGGCAUGAGCAUCGGCUUCCAGCACCCCAAUGUCAAGGUCCACAUCGGCGACGGCUUCCAGUUCCUCAAGGAGCGCAAGAACGAGUUCGACGUCAUCAUCACCGACAGCUCUGACCCCGAGGGUCCCGCCGAGAGCCUCUUCCAGAAGCCCUACUUUGAGCUCCUGCGCGAUGCUCUCCGUGAUGGAGGUGUCAUCACCACACAAGGUUCCGAGAACCAAUGGCUGCAUCUGUCUCUCAUCACCGACCUCAAGAAGGCCUGCAAGGAGGUCUUCCCCGUUGCUGAAUAUGCCUACACCACAAUCCCCACCUACCCCUCCGGUCAGAUCGGCUUCAUGGUCUGCUGCAAGGACCCCAACCGCAAUGUCCGCGAGCCCGUCCGCGCCUGGUCCCGCGAGGAGGAGGAGCGUCUCUGCCGCUACUACAACCAGGACAUUCACCGGGCCAGCUUCGUUCUGCCCAACUUUGCCCGCAAGGCUCUGGAUGCAUGA